AUGUCUGCAUAUGCAUCCGCCUACCCGCCCGACACCCCCUUCGACCCAGCCUACAAGGCCUUCUUCGAGCAAUUCUACGCCGUUUCGGAUGAUCCUGGGGCGCAUGAGGUGUAUGUGGAGAACUUCACGCGGGAUGCGAUUGUGAUUAUGGCGUCGAGGAAGGUGGUGGGGCGUGAUGCCAUCCUCGCCCUCCGCCACUCCAUGUGGGAAAAAGUCGCCUCGCGCAAACACACUGCCUUCAAAGUCUUCCCCUUUGGUGCAAACAGCAAUGAAGUCAUGAUCUACGGCAGCGUCACGUACGGUUUGAAAAGCGGGGGGGAAUCCAGUUUGGAUUGGGCGGCGAGGGCGCAUUUGGUCAAGGACGACGCGGAUGGGAGGGUGAAGAUGGAUUUUUAUCAGGUUUAUCUUGAUACGGGGGCUCAGCCACAGGCCAAAUGA